UCACGUCUAUUCUUUACAAAGACAAGAAGAGAUAGAGAUUUUACGCGGACAUGGAUCAUCAUCAAGAAUCAAAUUCUCUAAAGCAGCUCUUCUCUCUAUCUUCAUCUCCUUUCUUCUCAACCUUCAAGACCAAGAAACAUAUUUUUGUGGGGACUUCUCUUCUCAUCAGUUUCCUAAUAAUCUCCGUUAUAUUCGUCGAUCUAGCCCGCUUCGAGCCUCAUCUAUAUUUUGGAUUCUUAUCUUCAUCAUCGAAAACACUAACGAAGGAACAAAGCAGCAAUAACGUAUGCGACUAUUCGUACGGAAAAUGGGUUCGUAGACGACAACUUGACCCGGAAGAAACGUCUUACGGAGAAGAGUGUCGGUUUCUGGAUCCUGGUUUUCGUUGUCUGAAUAACGGAAGAAAAGAUUCUAGUUUCCGACAAUGGCGAUGGCAGCCACACGACUGCGAUCUUCCACGAUUCAACGCAAGAGAUUUUCUGGAGAGGAGUAGGAACGGGAGGAUUGUGUUCGUCGGAGAUUCCAUCGGAAGAAACCAAUGGGAAUCUCUUUUGUGUAUGCUUUCACAAGCCGUGUCUAACAAGUCUGAGAUAUAUGAAGUAAACGGGAACCCAAUAAGCAAGCAUAAGGGUUUCCUCUCAAUGCGGUUUCCAGAACAAAACCUAACGGUCGAAUAUCAUAGAACACCUUUUCUUGUCGUGGUUGCUAGACCACCUGAGAACUCACCGGAAGAUGUCAAGAUGACUGUUAGAGUAGACGAGUUUAACUGGCAGUCAAAAAGAUGGGUCGGGUCUGAUGUUCUGGUCUUCAACACAGGACAUUGGUGGAACGAAGACAAAACCUUCAACUCAGGUUGCUAUUUUCAGGAGGGAGGUAAAUUGAACAAAACAAUGGGAGUAAUGGAGGGAUUUGAGAAGUCUUUGAAGACAUGGAAGUCAUGGAUAUUAGAAAAGCUAGAUUCUGAGAGCAGCUAUGUCUUCUUCAGAAGCUUUUCUCCCGUGCAUUACAGGUCUUGUUUCGCAACAAUCUAUGUGGGUGGAAUCAGAGACAAGAGUCUAGAAUCUAUGGUUUUAUUAAGCUUUUUGGGGUGUUGCAGGAAUGGGACAUGGAACUUGGGUGGUUUGUGUGAUGCAGAUACAGAGCCAGAGACUGAUAUGAUGAAAAUGGAACCUGACCCUAUCCACAACAGUUAUAUCUCUGAAGUAAUACAAGGAAUGCGGUAUGAACAUAGUAAGGUUAAGUUUUUGAACAUUACAUAUCUGACCGAGUUCAGGAAAGAUGCUCAUCCUUCGCGGUAUCGAGAGCCAGGAACUCCUGAAGAUGCUCCUCAAGAUUGCAGUCACUGGUGCUUACCCGGUGUGCCCGACACAUGGAAUGAGAUCCUCUAUGCGCAGCUGUUGGCAAUGAAUUACCGAACAAAAUGAAAAAGAGGUACACAAGUAUUUCUAGUCAUAUGCUAUUUUCUCGAUGCUUUCU